GAGUGGAGUGUUACAUACAGCCCUACACACAUCUGUGCUCUGGAGGGAUCAUCCGUUAGCAUGUCCUGCUCUUACACCUACCCCAGUUAUCUUAGAGUUAAAGAAACUUUCUGGACAAACCAGUACAAGUACUCAGUCAAUUCUGAUUUAUCAAAAAAUGUAAUUUACAAGCAAAGGGUCACAUUGGACAGUAAAAAUAAACACAGGGAGGGCUCUCUGAACAUGAUUCAACUAACCAAAGCAGAUCAACAGUAUCAGUAUUACUGUAGGAUUACCACCAAUGUAGACAAUCAGAAAAUGACAGGCAUACCAGGAAUUUCUUUGAAAAUAACUGAUCUGCAGAUUGUUUCAACUAGCGAAGAAAGAGUGACUGAGGGAGAUCAUGUGACUCUCACCUGCAACACCACCUGCACUCUGACUGGAAGCCCUUCAUUCAUCUGGAGCAAAGAUGGACGUCCUGUAGAGAGGAACAUCAUCAACAACCAGCUGCAGCUCCACCCAGUCAGCAGAGAAGAUGAGGGCAACUACACCUGUGCUGUUAGAGGCCAUGAGGGUCUCCCAUCUCCACGUUACAGGCUCCAAGUGAUGUAUCCUCCAAAGAACACAACAAUUGUGUCUGCUCCAUCUGGUGAAAUAACUGUGGGAACUAGAGUGACUCUGACCUGCAUGAGUGAAGCUGACCCACCAGUACACACAUACACCUGGAUCAAGAAGAGUGGAGCUGUAGAACUGAAGUCAGGAAAGGAGAACACACUCACCUUCAGCAAGAUCCGUUCUGAGGACAGUGGAGAGUAUCUCUGUCGAGCAGACAAUACGAUUGGUCAUCAGAACUCUCCUGCUGUGUCAAUCAAGGUGUUAUAUCCUCCAAAUAACACAACAAUUGUGUCUGAUCCAUCUGGUGAAAUACCAGAUGGAGGUAAUGUGACUCUGACCUGCAUGAGUGAAGCUGACCCACCAGUACACACAUACACCUGGAUCAAGAAGAGUGGAGCUGUAGAACUGAAGUCAGGAAAGGAGAACACACUCACCUUCAGCAAGAUCCGUUCUGAGGACAGUGGAGAGUAUCUCUGUCGAGCAGCCAAUAGGAUUGGUCAUCAGGACUCUUCUGCUGUGCCUGUCCAGGUUUUAUCUAUGUCCCAUGACCGGACCAUAUUGAUAGCUGUUCUGGCUGGAGUGGCGGUCUGUGUAGGUGUGGCUUUGCUCUGUGUCAUGUGCAGAUUGAGGCAAAGUAAAAACGUGCCAACAAACAGUAAUAGGACACCAGGUGAUGAAAACCACCAGGAUGAUGAUGUCCUGUAUGCCACCAUUGAUUUCAAGAGGUCUGGGCAGAGCAGAGCUGCUGGUCACCUCAAUGUUGCGGCUGCAGGAGGAGCAGAGGAUGAUGUCCAGUACUCCACCAUCCAGCCCCACGGCUCAACACAGACUGCAGGAGGAGCAGAGGAUGAUGUCCAGUACUCCACCAUCCAGCCCCACGGCUCCAGACAGACUGCAGGAGCUCAGGGGGAUGACGAUGUCCAGUACUCGAGUGUCCACUUCAAAAAGGCAGCUGGUGUCAAAGGUUCUCCUGACCAGCCAGAGGGGGAGCUCUCUGUGAUCUACAGCAGUGUUCAUAUGAGAGCAUAAAGUAAAUCGUUGGAGGAAACAGCCAUUAGCAAAUGUGUUAAAGAAAAUCCAUAACCUAAGCUCAGGUAGUGCUGAAGGGUUUAUAGGACUGUAUGCCUGCUUUUUGUUUUUAAUGUUAUUGAAUUUAUGAAGAUGCAUGAUUGACUGUAUAUUAAA